AUGCGCUGUGUUGUGGGCGUCGCCCGGGGUACGGCACUACUGCCCGGUCAGACCAGGUCCAACCGGAUUCAGACCUGGUCCCAGACCUGUCUUGGUCUCCAUAAUGUCUUCACCGACCCCACCCCCACACUCCGUAAAGCGGUGGCCGCUCCAGGGCACGGACUACGCGGCGCCCACGGACCAAGUGCGCGCUCCUGGACUCUCUUCAGCAUCCUGGACCCCUUUGACCAACAAGACCCACAACCUGCAGGUCAGGACCAGGACCCGUCCGCCGUGCACGUGACAGCUGUGCACCUGUUUGAGAAGCGAGUGGGAGCUCCUGCUGCACUGGUUCGACCUGUGGACAGACGAUCCUGUCAGGACCUGCUGGUAGAACUCGUCCCUGUGACCCGGGCGGACUUCACGGCGGUUCUUCCUCGGUUCUUGUCCCUUUAUGUUCUGUCGUUCCUGUCGCCGAGAGACCUUUGCUCCGCAGCUCAGGUCUGCUGGACCUGGAGGAUCCUGACAGAACAGGACUGCCUGUGGGUGAGCCGGUGCGUGGCAAAGGGCUGGUUCUUGCCGUACACUCCUGGUCCCAAAGAGUACGGCGCCUGGAAGUCCCACUACGUCGCCUGCUUCAGGUCCAUGGACUUUCCGAGCCCUCGAGAGGCGGAGACACUCUGCGGGGCGCUCAACCAGAGAGGGGGUGGAGCUACGGACCAGGACGAGCCAAAAGAGCGAGAGGAGAGGGCGAGGGAGAGGAGGGUCCGCCACUUGCUCCGCCAGCGAGUCCAGCACCACAAAGGUGAAGCUCUGAGGACCAGGCCACCGUGGGGCAGCAGUGUCUCUCUGGUCCGUCCCACAAAGACCUCUGUCCUCUGUCCUGGACCUGUCCUGUGUCCCACUGUGGACGAGGGACACAGGGACACGCCCAGCGCCAGGUCCGUGGCUCUAUCCUCUGACCGCCACAGCCUGGACCCUCGCCCUCUGCUGCUGCUCUCGGACGCUCUACCAGCCUACGAGGUGGCGCUGGGCGGGGUGAGAGCGGAGGUGCUGUCCCUUCUCUUCGACCACAGGCUCUCUCUGACUGCUCUGCUGGCCCGAGUGGACGAGGCCCUGCGUGGGAGGAGGGCCCUGAGGCUGGGGGUCCUGGCUCCUGGGGGGACGGACUCACUGCGUCUGCUGCGAAGUCAGUACCACCUCAUUUGCACUCAGACUCACUGUGGUCAGGGGCCAGGGGUCUCAGACUCACUGUGGUCAGGGGCCAGGGGUGUCAGACUCACUGUGGUCAGACUCACUGUGGUCAGGGGCCAGGGGUCUCAGACUCACUGUGGUCAGGGGCCAGGGGUGUCAGACUCACUGUGGUCAGGGACUAGGGGUCUCAGACUCACUGUGGUUAGACUCACUGUGGUCAGACUCACUGUACAUUAUGAAGGGAGCGAGAUCACGGAGCAGACGGUGCUGGCCCCAGAGAGCAGAGACUUCUGGGAGAAAAUGUGUUCACGGGUCGUUCCAAAGGAGGAGGGAGGAGGCAUCGACAUCUUCUGUCCACUCGCCGCUGCAGCUGCUGGACUGUCGCUCAUGCAGACUCUGACCUCUCUCACUGGACUGGACGUGUGUGCUCCCAUGGGCCUGUGCUCCAGCAGCUUCCAAAACAUCCUGGGGGAGUGGUGUGAUUCGAGUCUGAGCCCUUGCACCUCCAGCGUCUCCCCCCAGCAGACUCCCCUCUCUCCUCCCUCUCCCCCGUCUCCCCCCCUGCAGUACCUCCAUAGUGGGGCGCUCCAGGCCUGGUGCACACAGGGCCUCUGGCUGGAGGAUUACCUCCGUGAGCUCCGGGUGAGCGCAGGCCGACAGCUGCAGAGCCUGAGCGUGCAGAGCAGAGGGCGGGCGCUCGGUCAGUAUUUCCAGGAGACCAUCUAUCCCCAGACCCCGCCUCUGUCCCGGACCCUGAACCCGGUUCUGACCGCAGCUCUGAGGAAAACAGCCAAUCAGGAGGAGUCGGAGCAGCUGAACUUUCUGGCCUGUUUUCUCACCAAACGUAUGGGAGAAAAAACAGAAGAGAACGAUGAAGAGGAGGAGACCGAAGAGGAAGAUCACAGCUCUGUCCAGGCUCUGGCCCAUCUCUCUGUGCUAACCGCACUCAUCUCCGGCUUCGUCAUCAAACUGAGGAACUGUCUCCGUGACGACGGCUUCCUCCGGCAGCUCCACACCAUCGGUCUGCUGGCCCACUUCGAGUCCCUGCUCAGCACCUACGGAGACGAGCUGGCCAUGCUGGAGGACAUGAGCGUGGGCGUGAUGGACCUGCGCAACGUCACCUUUAAGGUGACCCAGGCCCCCAGCAGUGCGGCCCCUGACCUGCUGCCCAUCCUGUCUGGGGGCAGACACGGCUUCACGGUGCGCGUCCCACUGCCGGGCGCCAUGUUCGACGCUCUGCCGCCGCAGAUCCAGAGCGGGAUGCUGCUGCGCGUCCAACCCGUGCACUUCAACGUGGGCAUCAACGAACAGCAGACACUGGCAGAGAGGUGA